AUGGCCGACGCGGAGAAGUCGAAACCAGCUCCUCCAAGGCCAAGCUUCCCAGAAGGCGGCUUCAGGGCAUGGAUGGCUGUGCUGGCCUGUUGGUGCGUCAUGUUCAAUACCUUUGGAUACAUCAAUGCUUUUGGAAUCUACCAGGCCUACUACAAGAGCACCUUUCUGAAACAUGAAAGCGAUGCCAAUAUCGCCUGGAUCGGAUCUCUGCAGUCAUUCUUCAUGUUCGCGGCUGGUCUCGUCUCUGGUCCGAUGAUGGAUCGUUUUGGUCCCAAAGUCAUCAUGAUCCCCUGCUCCGUCCUCUUUAUCCUAUCUGUCAUGCUCACCAGCCUCUGCAAGGAGUACUACCAGUUCAUCCUCGCCCAAGGCGUCCUCGGCGGCCUGAUGAACGGCCUCACAUACACCCCUGCAUUGACCGCAGUGAACCAGUAUUUCUUCAAAAAACGCCCCCUCGCCAUGGGAAUUGCGUCCAGUGGCUCCUCUCUUUCCGGCAUCAUCAUCCCCAUCGCCCUGAGCCGCAUGCUCAACCAGACCACCCUGGGCUUCGGCUGGUCUGUCCGCGUCAUCGGAUUCAUCAUGCUCACCAUGAGCAUCACAGCCUGUCUAACAGUAACCUCAAACUCGCCCAAACGACACUCGGGAUCUCCAUUUCUCGUCGAAGCCUGGAAACACCCCGCCUACACACUGCAGGUCAUCGGUCUCUUCCUCAUCGUCUGGGCUAUCUUCGUCCCCUUCUUCUACAUCCCCGUCUACGCCCAGUCAGUCGGCAUCGGCGUCGAUCUCUCCAACUAUCUGAUUUCCAUCCUCAACGCGGGCUCCAUGUUCGGUCGACUCCUCGGCGGCGCCGCGGCGAACCGUAUUGGGCGCAUGAACACGCUUGUGGGCACGUCGGCCAUCUGCGGCAUCUUGAUUCUGUGCUGGUUACCCAUCAAGUCGCACGGAGGGAUGAUCGUGUUCUCGGUCCUCUUCGGUUUCUUCUCGGGGACGUUUGUUGCGCUGUUUACGGCGACUAUAGCCAUGACCGCGCCGCAGCCCAAUAUGAUCGGUUCGUAUAUGGGUAUGGCACUGGGUGUUUUGGGCGUGGCUGCUCUUACGGGGACGCCUAUUACGGGGGCGAUGAUCAAUGACUACGGCACCUAUAAUGCUUGCAUUAUCUUUGCUGGUGUUUGCGCGCUUGCUGGUGCAGGUAUUGUUUUGGUUGCUCGGUUUUUCGUUGCAGGAUGGGAGUUGGUUGCAUAA